GGGGGGGGGGGGGGGGGGAGAUAAGUGUUUGGUGACGUGUCCAUGUGUCACAGACACAGUGUAGUGUAUGAAACGCGGCCUCCAUAAGAGAAAAUGCUUUCAUUGUCUUUUCUGGCGCUCGCUUUUUUCCACACACGGGUAACUGACGCUGUUGUAGUGGCAAAGCCAGGGGUCCACCCGGUGGUAAUGAAAUCCGUACUCGCCAUUGACAUGCAUGUGUAUGAAAUGUGGGAGGAAGCUGACGUCCCCUGAGAAAACCCACGCAAACAUGGGGUUUGAAUCUAGAACUUCUUGACUGUGAGGCAGACAUACUAACCACUAUUCACUGUGUUUCCCAUAAUGUCCGUCCAUCAAUUUCCAUGGUAUGUGUCCUCAUUAGGGUGGCGGGUGAGCAGGAGCCUAUCCCAGCUGAAUGGAUGAGAACCACAAACCUCAAUACUGAGAGGCAGAGAUGCUCACCACUAUGUCAGUGUGCUGACCAGUGUGUAAAGUGUGCUCUCAUUCUUGAUCCUUGGGGUGUUUUGAUGAAUAACUGUUAAACUGAGGGGGGAAAUGCAUCAUAUUUAAUAAAUACAAAUAAGAUUUUUGUUUUUGUUUACAUGAUGCUGCAUUGGAUUAGUGCAGGUGUACCCAACGAAGUGUUUAUUCAUGCUUUCACUGGGGACAAAUGCACAGUAGGGUUGAAACAAUCAAUAAAUGCAUCAGUAGUGAGGCUUCCAGUAGCUUACACAGACUGCAGUGACCGCUGGCAGUGGAAGUCCCCCAUCCCCAUCCCCCUCCCUCCCUCCCUCCCUCCCUCGUAUAUAUAAAAAGGCGUGUCCUCGCCCCCCCCCGCUUCCGGACACAAGUGAGACUGAGCGCCCCACACACACCCAAGCUCGGCUCUGACGCACCUCUGCUGCCCUUCAUGGAUGCUCCAGGACUCCGGCAUCCUCCGUGAAAUUGACACGCUCCUGUGACAAGGUGGGACGUGACCACUUAACACCUCUAACUUCCUCCUCCACUGUGUGAUACGUCGGGGAAGCGUUGCCAUGGCGAACAGGGGCCCCAGUUACGGCUUGAGCCGAGAGGUGCAAGAAAAGAUCGAGCAGAAGUACGACCCGGACCUGGAGCAACGGCUGGUGGACUGGAUCGUGGCCCAGUGCGCGGGUGGUGUGGAGAAGCCGGCAGCGGGCAAGGAGGGCUUCCAGAAAUGGCUGAUGGAUGGGACGGUCCUCUGUCUGCUCAUCAACAGCCUUCAUCCCAAGGGCAAGGAGCCAAUCAAGAAGAUCUCAGAGUCUCUGAUGGCUUUCAAACAAAUGGAGAAAAUCUCUCAGUUUCUGCAGGCUGCUGAGGCUUACGGCGUCACCAAAACGGAUAUAUUCCAAACGGUAGACCUCUGGGAAGGGAAGGACAUGGCUGCGGUGCAGAGGACCCUCAUGGCAUUGGGCAGUGUGGCCGUCACUAAUGACGAUGGCCAUUACAAAGGCGACCCAGACUGGUUUCACAGGAAAGCGCAGGGCUAUCGGCGGGAGUUCACUGAGGAGCAGCUGCGCCAGGGCCAGAGUCUGAUCAGCCUUCAGAUGGGCAGCAACCGCGGAGCAUCUCAGUCGGGCAUGACGGGCUACGGUAUGCACCGUCAGAUCAUGUAGAAGACGAGCUAGCCUAACUUCCUUUACCUACUUCUUGUUUCUACUAACACUAUGUAAAGUAGCCUAUUCUGCCUUCUGCUAACUUAACCUCCCUGAAACUGCUGCUUUAAACAACGAUGUCUCCUCCUCUUUGUGUCUUCCACUCUGCUGUGCUGCUGUCACUUCUUCUUUAUGAUUUAAUGUGCAACGCGAAGUCCUCACUUUAGCACAACCCCCCCACCCCAACAUAUGAUUAAAAUGUCAAACAAGCCAUCAGUGUUCAUCGAUGCUGUGAAAAAGGCAUGCUUCUUUAAUUAAUUUAAUUUACCACGGGUGAUUGUUUUAUAGUGGUUAUUUGUUAUGUGAUUGUGGUUAUUUGUUAUGUGAUUGGGUGCUGCCUCACAUUGUGGCUGGUUUACGGGACUAGACUGUACUCUUGCCUCUAAAUGUGCACUUUUAUUUUGUUGUUUGUUUUGGUCAUGUUUGUGUUAUUUUUUUUCCCAAUAUGUUUUGAUCUAGAGGCUUACUGGAGAAAUGGAAAUAAUAAAAUACGUGAACAUAUGUUAGUGUGGUUUUGGAGUGUACAAAAUCCUUGGGUGUGUAUGGAAAGUAAACAAACUCCUGCCACCCACCCCACCACCACCACCCAUUUUAAUAGAAGAAUCCACAGUAACUAACUUCAAAAUGUAAAAAUCAUUAUGAAUUCCAAUUAAAUUUUACGGAAAAAUAUAUUUUAAAAUAAAUGUAUACCUGUAAUUGUAAUAAAAUGGAAGAGGUGGCCUGAAGGGGGUGCUGUGUACAAGGUGCACUUGCAUGCUG